GAUAGCAGUUACCGUAUGUAAAAAGUACCUACUCUGUGAUAGCAAUAAAUAAAUCAAUCAAUCCAAUUUGCAUUUUGCUUUGUGUAUAGAUAGAUAUGUAUGUGUGCGUAGCUAUUUUAUUUAUUGUUAUUUGAUAUAUAAAAUAGAAAUCCGAGUUUUAAUUCAUAAAAAAGAUCCAUGGCAUUACUUUAGCAGUCUGUUCAAAAAUCAAAAGCAAGUAUUAAAAGUUUAAAAGAUGUUGAGAAAUCUUUGCUUAUGUAUAAUAUUCAAUUUGGUGCUUGCACAUUGUUUAUUUGUUAGUGAUAUGACUGAAAACACUUUUGGAAAUAGAAACGAUGGUUAUAUUGCUGCGUUUGGUGAUUUUAAUUCUGACGAAUUAACUGAUGCGUUUAUAAUAAAUGGCUCAAAUGUGGAGGUAUUACUAGCAUAUGACAAAGAACCAUUCUUCCGACCUUCUUCGUACAGUUGCAACUUUAGCAAUUUUAUCGUUACAAGUAUCGUACCAGGUGAUUUUGAUGGAGAUGCUUACAUGGACAUACUUGUAACUUCUCAAAUUCAGAAUUCGACAUCCAACUUUCAUGAAGUCAGGAUAUUAUGGGGUGGUAUGCCUUAUUUAAACUGUACGGAUGCGUCAUUGAUAAAAGCCAUUACAGUUGGCCAGCCACUUGUGCUGGACUAUAAUAGAGACAUGAUAUUAGAUCUCUUUGGCAUCAAUGCAGAAAGUAAAAGAGUAUUCUGGGUAUUUGAUAAAUCAAGAUCAACACCUAUAGAAAUUUUAAUGAGUGAUUUUGGAAAAUCUAAGGAAAUAAAAUUGCCUCAUUCACAUUCUUUUUUGGAUGUAAAUGAUGAUAAUGCUGCAGACCUUUUAGUGACAACGCAUGUUGAUGUUGAAAUUUGGCUGAAUGAAGAAGCUGGUGGAUUCAGAUAUAACAACAGUAUUGAACUGCUUGUGGGGCAUCCAACAAUAUAUGGCCAAGUGUUAUUUAUAGAUGUAGCUUUAUCAGGACAGUUCUUUCUUGUUGUGCCAGUCUGUUAUGACCUUGAAUGUAUUAACAGUACAAUCUUGAUAUAUGACAAUGAGCAGUGGCAUGACUUGCAAGUGGAUUUGAACGAUGGUAAAGGGACCCUGUGGAGGUUCAUACCACCCAGAGCAGAGGUGUACAUGGAUACAAUUACAAUGCGCAGCGGAGACUUCAACAUGGAUGGAUACCCUGACAUUCUGAUGACUUUAAGUCCAGUGAGCGGUAAAGAUACGAAAGCUGUUUUAUUGCAUAAUGUUCCUUGCAACUCACCUGGAUGCAAAUUUCACAGAACAUUUGAAGUUCAGUGGGAGAAAUUCAAUACGUUUGGAAAAAAUGUUGUAAUGGCUACAUUUUAUGAUCUUUAUAUGGAUGGAGUUCUUGAUGUAUUAUAUGUGCAAAAAAAUAUAACUAAUACAACAGAGAAGUACAUAAUGAAAGCUUUUAGAAAUGAAUUGGAAUAUGAUACCAAUUUUAUCAAAGUUAUUGUUGUAACAGGAUUGAGUAAUGAAAGAGUACCUACUAUUAAUGGAACUUUAUACAAUAGGAAAGUAACAUUUGGAACCAAUUUACCAGGACCUAAAAUUGGUUACAAUACUUGGUCACAGGAAGGCCAAUACAGGACUGGAGUGUGUGCGCAAUUGCCGCAGUCUGCUUAUUUUGCCUUACAACUACCUUAUUCAUUAUUUGGUCUUGAUAGAACUCCAAAUUUUGUUGACACUUUAACUGUUGGACUCUCAGGUUACUCUAAAAGCUGGACACAAAUAAUACCCAAUUCUCAAAUUGUGUUAAUCCCAGCCCCACCAAAUGAUCCUUCAGAGUGGCGAGCACAACUGUUUGUGACUCCCAGUAAAGUUGUUCUUAAGAGUGUGUUUGUAUUGACAGCCAUAAUUGUUAUCAUAAUCGGAGCUGUUUCAUAUUUGCAUUGGAAAGAAAGAAAUGAUAGACAAGACAUAAUUGAAAUAGAUGAGAAGAUUUAUGUUAAGAUAUAAUAUUUUUAUUUGUUAGUAUUAUAGUUUGUUGUUCUGUAUCAUACUGUUUACUACAUAAACAAUUAUUUGUAAUACUCAUUGUAAGAUUAUCUGUGAUUUAAUAUAAUAUGGUAUAG